GUAAUAUAUCUAUGUAUCAAGAUAUUCUAUCAAGAUAAUCUAUGUUAUCUAGAACAUAUAAAUGUCAAAAUUCAUACAGUCUAACCGGAAUAGAAAAAAAAAGAUUCGAGCGAGAAGUGUAAAAUAAAAAAGAAAAGAAGGCGUUGGUUAGUAGAGAGGGGGUGCCGCAGGUAUGUGGAAUCUAAUGACUAUUUAAGUUAAUUCUUGCAGAUUAGAUGGUUCGAAGAAUGAUUAGAAAAUCCGAUUGAAUUAAAAAUAGAAUCGCCGGUUUACGUUAUUGAAGAAACAUAUGUAUAUUUUAUAUUAGAGAUUGGCAAGUUAUAUAUGAAUGAAUAUUUCAUUUGCCCUACUUAAAUUUCUUAAAUUUCGGAUACCAAACUGAAGUCCUUCCGUUUUGUUUAGGACUGCGAAUUGAAUGAAUAAACAGAUCAAAUAACGAAAAAGAUCGAAGAAUGAUUAAUGAUUAGAAAAAAUAAAUGGAAAACUCGGGUUGUAUUAAUUCAGAAAGACUCAACAAAUAGGAACUAAAAAAAGAUUAAGUCUUUCUAAUGAUCGAAUGAUUCAAUAAUAUUAUUAUUUAUUAUUUCAAUUUGGCGUUUUUAUUUUAGUUAUUUCGACUGGAUGAAUAUUACUAACGGAAUAAUUAAGUCCUAAUGCAUUGGUUGAUUGUAUCAUUAACCAUUUCUUUUUUUUGUGUGUGAGGAACUUAUCAUGAAUCCAUUGAUUUCUGCCGCUUCCGUUAUUGCUGCUGGAUUGGCUGUAGGGCUUGCUUCUAUUGGACCUGGAGUUGGUCAAGGUACUGCUGCGGGACAAGCUGUAGAAGGUAUUGCGAGACAGCCCGAAGCAGAGGGAAAAAUACGAGGUACUUUAUUACUUAGUUUAGCUUUUAUGGAAGCUUUAACAAUUUAUGGAUUGGUUGUAGCAUUAGCGCUUUUAUUUGCGAAUCCUUUUGUUUAAUCUCAAAAAAGAAAUAUGAUAAAUACAUAUUUCUUUUAUAGUCUUGGAUUUGCAGGUUGCUUUUUCACAUUUAUAGUAAAAUAUCGCUCCUACACAAUUACUCAUUCGUUGCGAAAAUAACCCACGGGAAGGACUUAUUUGAGGAUGAAGAAUUAGUGUUACCCACUCGCUUUCUUCCUUCCUUCCCCUUCGUAAGUUCCAAGGCGAAGUCUUGCAACAAAGGAGGUAUUUCGCAAUUCGCAUGAAACCUAGUACCUAAUUAAUAUUAAGAAUUCUAUUCCAAAAAAUGAAGUAUUAUUCUUAUUGGAAAUUAGGGAAUCUCAAUAUAAAAUAAAUAAAAAAUAAUUUUUCAAAACUUUUUUUAUUUAUUUUAUAUUUAUUAAGUACCAACGAAGUGAAAUAAUACAAUGAUUUUUGUAGUUUAUUUAUAAGAGGAGAUCAUAUGAAAAAUGUAACCGAUUCUUUCGUUUUCUUGGGUCACUGGCCAUCCGCCGGGAGUUUCGGGUUUAAUACCGAUAUUUUAGCAACAAAUCUAAUAAAUCUAAGUGUAGUUCUUGGUGUAUUGAUUUUUUUUGGAAAGGGAGUGU